AUGAUGGUGAGCAUUUGGCUCAGACAUUACUCAGGACUUGCUCAGUCCUGUCAGGGCCGCUGUGGUGAGACUUUUAAAAGAGGUCAGCUGUGUGAGUGUGAUCCACAAUGCAUCCGCUUCAAUACCUGCUGUCAUGACUACCAGCUGCAGUGUGAUGCCAGUGCAGCCAUCGCACGUCAAGGCACUUUCCAGUCUAUGAAAGCUGCACCUACAGGAAAUCGGAAAUUACAGAAGAGCAAGAAAGGGUCCAACAGUGAGAGCGAGGAAUUGUUGACAGCAAAGACACGCUGCCCACAGUACCCUGGGGAUCAGUGUCAAGGUGAAUCAGACCUCCUAAACACACGGACUGCUGGCUCCUCUGGGCCUGCCCCUCCUGCUCAACCAGCAAAUCAGCUACUACAAGGUGUGAGUAAUAUCCCUCGUGGUCUGCUGCCCAUGUCCAACCCUUCCUCCUAUGACGGGGCUCCAAAUCACCCAGCAUCUGGCUUGUCUCUGCCCAGCCACAGUGCUCUGUCUCUGGGCGGCAGUGCUCCUGUGAGCGCCUCUGAUCCUGGAGGUGUUGGCGGUACAAUCAAUGUCCAGCUGCAGUUGUCCCCCAUGGGAGUGUCUUCACCCGGGCUCAGUCAAGGUCUCGGCGGUGCUGCAGGUUCCAGACCAAGCACCCUGCAGGAUGUAGCGCAGGCCUUAGGGCUCGCUGCGGAGGAAGGAUCUCACACAGGGGCUGGACCUUUUGUCGAUGUCGAUCUAUGCAGUGAUUCACCCAUCAAUGGACUGACAGCUCUCAGCAAUGGGACCAUACUGAUAUUUAAAGGUGAGUUGUUCUGGUCAGUUGACCCUGUCAGCCGCUCAGUGGGUCGUCCUCAGAGUAUCACAGACACUCUGGGUGUCCCGUCCCCCAUCGACACUGUUUUCACACGCUGCAACUGCCAUGGAAACACCUACCUCAUUAAGGGAGACCAGUACUGGCGUCUAGACGAGAACAUGGUGAUGGAGCCAGGCUACCCCAAACCCCUGACCUCUGAGUUCCCAGGACUGACGGGAAGCAUCAACGCUGCACUGCCAGUGCCGGCUACCAGGAGUAGACCAGAGACCGUAUACUUCUUUAAAAAUGGAGACAUCAUGCAGAAGUUCACCUUCCCACCAGGCAACACUCCUUCCUGCAACAAGAACCUAAAAAGCUCCUCAAAUAGACGCUUCGCUCGUCAGGCUGAAAUUCUACUAAGCGGUGAGAUCAACAUCAAAGUGUCUCUGAAGGGAUUUCCUACCCCAGUGACCUCGGCUCUGUCCAUGCCCAGUCCUCAGGCACCUGACAAGUACCUGCACUUCGUCUUCUCUGGACCCCUCUUCUUCAGCGUACAGAUAUCAGGUGACCUGCUGCCAGCGCUGGUCAAACCCGACCCAUCUGCAUCCCCUGCACCGCUCCCCAUCCUCAGCCCGGCUGCCAUGCCAACCAGCUCCGCUAACACGAUGGCUCAGAACGCCAAGCGUCCGCAGCCACCCAACUCCAUCAAGGUUUGGCUGCGCUGCCCCCAGUAACAUCCCCAAGAGACGACUGACGUUCUUUUGCAUUUUCUGCGUCAGUGUCUGCUGAGCAAAUGUAGCCAUUCACCGUUUGUCUUAAAAUGUUCGUAGCCAUUCUUGAACAUGCAGCCUUCCAACUGAAUGCAUCAUAAAGCCUCCAGUUGGACAGCAUACCCUAUGAUACACAUAUGUAGUAACUUUUAUUGGAGUGAAGGGGUUUUUAAAGGUCCGUACCUCACAG